AUGUCAUCGAAAUCAGCAUCACCGCCACCAAAAAAUAUCGAUGGCUUUGAUUACGAUGAGAAGAGUUAUGAAGAGGAAGAAAUAACGAUAAACGAAUCACCAAGUAAUAAUAAUAGUAGAAGAAGCAGUAACAACAGUUGCUGCAUAGACAUAAAUAGCGACAAUAAUAGAUCAAAUUCACUUACAAGAAAAGCAGCUGCGGCAAUUACAGCUGCUGAUUUAUAUCAUUAUGCUGGAUAUCAUCUUGCAUCGCAACAUCGGUCAAGUGUAACAACUACCACCACCAAAUGUAAUAAUAAUCGUAACGAUGAUGAUAAUGCUGAUGAUUCUACAACUACAACAUAUCAACAACAGAAAAAUAUCAAAGAUAAUAAUGUAAAUAGUUUGAGCAAAAAAAAUAAAAAUCUAUUUGAUCAUCAAACAAAAGAGAUGAUUCAAGUCAAUUGUACCAAAGCAAUCAGCACUAUUGUGAAGACGAAGAUCAGGCGAGCCAAAAGGUCACCUUUUCGAUCACCGUUAUUAGGUGGUGGUGGAAAUGUGAUUGCUGUCGUUGGAUCAAAAGCCUAA